AUGGACCUGAACAUGGGCCGGGCUCGGGAAGUUGGCUGGAUGGCAGCAGGACUAAUGAUUGGAGCUGGUGCCUGCUACUGCGUUUACAAACUAACCAUAGGAAGAGAUGACAGUGAGAAGCUGGAGGAGGAGGAAGAGGACUGGGAAGACAACCAAGAGCUGGAUGAAGAGGAGUCCCAGAUGUGGUUUGAUUUUAUAACUAUGAUUGGGCCCUGGAAUGAGGAUGGGGACUGGACUGAACCUGGAGCUCCUGAUGGAACAGAGGACAGGCUCUCAGGUGGGGGCAAGGCCAAUCGAACACACGUAACAAGACAGCGUCCAUUUCCCUAUAAAUAUAAAAAUACUUGGGGUGCUGAAAGCCUUAAAAUUUUCAGUAGUGCUGUUGGCCUCUCCAAGGGCCCUGUCAUUCAGGGGAAAGUGUUUGCUCCGCCCAAGGAUGCUGGUUUUUCAUUUGGCCACAAUACCAAUAGUCAUUUGGCCAGCCUCUCCAUUGUUGGAAACACGAUCCUCACUCCCGAGCCCACUGUUAAGCAGGCUUUAUGUGCCCUGGAUAAUGGGAGUGCCAGUGUGGAAAAUCAGGGCCAGAUUAAGAUGUACAUCAGUGAAGUGUGUCAGGAAACUGUGUCACAUUGCUGCAACUCAUUUCUGCAGCAGGCCAGAUUAAAUUUGUUAAUAAGCAUGACAGUUAUUAAUAACAUGCUUGCCAAAUCCGUUUCAGACCUGAGGUUUCCUUUGAUAUCAGAGGGAAGUGGAUGUGCUGGGGUUCAUGUUUUGAAACCGUUGGUGGGUUUGUCUGAAAAACCAUUCUUGGCAGGGCAAUUGCUGGGUCCCCAAAAGCUGCUCUCAUUCAUGUCCCUCUUUAUCAGGAAUGGAAACAGGCAGGGUCUCCUGGAUACCCUGGCCUCUUAA